CGCCCGCAGCCCGCCAGCGCCAUGGAGGCCGAGGAGGGGCCCGAGUGUGGCCAGCCAGACUUCGUGCUUCUGGAGCAGGUGACACUGGAAGACUUCAUGAAGAACCUCCGAGCCAGGUUUGAGAAGGGCCACAUCUACACCUACAUCGGUGAGGUGCUGGUGUCCGUGAACCCCUAUGAGGAGCUGCCCCUGUACGGAGCUGAAGCCAUCGCCCGGUACCAGGGCCGCGAGCUGUACGAGCGGCCGCCCCACCUCUACGCGGUGGCCAAUGCUGCUUACCGUGCCAUGAAGCAGCGGGCCAGGGACACCUGCAUCGUCAUCUCAGGGGAGAGCGGGGCAGGGAAGACCGAGGCCAGCAAGCACAUCAUGCAGUACAUCGCUGCCGUCACCAACCCCAGCCAGAGGGACGAGGUGGAGAGGGUCAAGGAGGUGCUGCUCAAGUCUACCUGCGUGCUGGAGGCCUUCGGCAAUGCACGCACCAACCGCAACCACAACUCCAGCCGCUUCGGCAAGUACAUGGACAUCAACUUCGACUUCAAAGGGGACCCCAUCGGCGGGCACAUUCACAGCUACCUGCUGGAGAAGUCCCGGGUCCUCAAGCAGCACGUGGGGGAGAGGAACUUCCACGCCUUCUACCAGAUGCUGAGAGGGUGUGAGGACGAGGAGCUGCGAACGCUUCACCUGCAGAGAAACCCUGCGCUGUACAACUUCACCCGCCAGGGAGCAGGGCUCAGUGUCUUGGACACGGAUGAGAGGAACCACCAACAGGCGGUUGAAGAGGCCAUGCGGGUCAUUGGGUUCAGUACAGAGGAGGUGUGCUCUGUACGCCGGGUCCUGGCCGCCAUACUGCACCUGGGAAACAUCGAGUUUGUGGAGACGGCAGAGGAUGAGUCAGAGCAGGGGCAUGUGGCGGUGGUGGCAGAGGAGCUGGUGGAUCACGUGGCUGAGCUGACCGCCACGCCCCGGGACAUGCUGUUGCGCUGUCUGCUGUCCCGCACUGUGGCCUCGGGAGGCCGGGAGCUCAUUGAGAAGGGCCACACGUCGGCAGAGGCCAGCUACGCCCGCGAUGCCUGUGCCAAGGCCGUCUACCAGAGGCUCUUUGAGUGGGUUGUGGCUCGCAUCAACAGUGUCAUGGAGACACGGGACCGGGACCCCAGGCGCCACGGGAAGGACACGGUUAUUGGUGUGCUGGACAUCUACGGCUUCGAGGUGCUCCCAGUCAACAGCUUCGAGCAGCUCUGCAUCAACUACUGCAACGAGAAGCUGCAGCAGCUUUUCAUCCAGCUCAUCCUGAAGCAGGAGCAGGAGGAGUAUGAGCGGGAGGGCAUCGCCUGGCAGGCGGUGGAGUACUUCAACAACGCGGCCAUCGUGGAGCUGGUGGAGCGGCCGCACCGCGGCAUCCUGGCCGUUCUGGAGGAGGCCUGCUGCACGGCGGGCACUGUCACCGAUCGCCUCUUCCUGCAGACGCUGGACACGCACCACCGCCACCACCCGCACUACACCAGCCGCCAGCUGUGCCCCACCGACAAGACCAUGGAGUUCGGCCGGGAUUUCCGCAUCAAGCACUACGCGGGGGACGUCACGUACUCAGUGGAGGGCUUCAUCGACAAGAACAGAGAUUCCCUCUUUCAGGACUUCAAGCGGCUCCUAUACAACAGCACGGACCCCAUCAUGCGGGCCAUGUGGCCGGACGGGCAACAGGACAUCACUGAGGUGACCAGGAGGCCCCUGACAGCAGGCACGCUCUUCAAGAACUCCAUGGUGGCUCUGGUGGAGAACUUGGCCUCCAAGGAGCCCUUCUAUGUUCGCUGUAUCAAGCCCAACGAAGACAAGGUGGCCCGGAGGCUGGAUGAGAGUCACUGCUGCCACCAGGUCACGUACCUGGGGCUGUUGGAGAAUGUGAGGGUCCGCAGGGCUGGCUUUGCCUCCCGCCAGCCCUACUCCCGCUUUCUGCUCAGGUACAAGAUGACUUGUGAGUACACGUGGCCCAAUCACCUGCUGGGUUCUGACCGGGCAGCCGUGAGCGCCCUCCUGGAGCAGCACGGGCUGCAGGACGACGUGGCCUUCGGCCACAGCAAGCUGUUCAUCCGCUCGCCCCGAACAUUGGUCACGCUGGAGCAGAGCAGAGCCCGCCUCAUCCCCAUCAUCGUGCUGCUGCUGCAGAAGGCAUGGCGGGGCACCCUGGCGCGGUGGCGCUGCCGGCGGCUCAGGGCCAUCUACACCAUCAUGCGCUGCUUCCGGAGGCACAAGGUGCGCGCCCACCUGGCCAGGCUACAGCAGCAGUUCCAGGCCGUGCGGCAGCCCCCAUUGUAUGGGCGGGACAUGGUCUGGCCCCAGCCCCCCACCGUGCUGCAGCCUUUCCAGGACUCCUGCCAGGUGCUCUUCUGCAGGUGGCGGGCGUGGCAGCUGAUAAAGAACAUCCCCCCUUCUGAUGUGGCCCAGAUCAAAGCCAAGGUUGCGGCCAUGGGCGCCCUGCAGGGGCUGCGGCCGGACUGGGGCUGCCUGCGGGCCUGGAGCCAGGACUACUUGUCUUCAGCCACAGACAAUCCUGCGGCCUCAGAUCUGUUUGCUCAGCAGCUGCGGAGCCUGAGGGAGAAGGAUGGCUUCAGCAUGGUUCUCUUCUCCUGCCACGUCCGGAAGGUGAACCGCUUCAACAAGCGCCGGGACCGGGCGCUGCUGCUCACCGACCGGCACCUGUACAAGCUGGAGCCCGGCCGGCAGUACCGAGUGAUGCGGGCACUGCCCCUGGAUGAGGUGACCGGACUGAGCGUAACCAGCGGGCGGGACCAGCUGGUGGUGCUGCACACACGGGGCCACGACGACCUGGUGGUGUGUCUGCACCGGGCGCAGCCCCCGCAGGACAACCGCGUGGGAGAGCUGGUGGGCGUGCUGGCCGCACACUGCCAGGGGCAGGGCCGCCCGCUGGCCGUGCGCGUGUCCGACUGCAUCCCCCUGAGCCAGCGCGGGACGCGGCGCCUGGUCUCGGUGGAGCGCGGCCCAGAGCAGGCCCAGCCUGAUUUCCGCUGCGGCCGCGGGGCCUUCACCCUGCUCUGGCCGGGCCCCUGA